AUAUUCCCAUCAUUCCGGAUCUGGAAGAUGUCCAGGAAGAAGACUUUAUUUUGCAGGUGGCAUCCCCUCCAAGCAUCCAGGUAAACCGGGUGAUGACCUAUCGUGACCUGGACAAUGACCUCAUGAAGUACUCUGCCUUUCAGACCUUGGAUGGCGAGAUUGACCUGAAGCUCCUCACUAAAGUGCUUGCGCCAGAACAUGAAGUGCGAGAGGAUGAUGUAGGCUGGGACUGGGACCAUCUCUACACCGAGGUGUCCUCUGAGCUCCUCACCGAAUGGGACCUGCUGCAGGCAGAGGAGGAAGACCCUGAAGGACCACCCCAGCCCACCUGAACCCAGAACCUCUGCAUUGGACUUGAAUAAAUGCAAUAAGUAUAAAACCAAGGGAGCUUGAAAGCAGCUUAGAAUUUUUAUAUGGAAUAUUUUGUAAUAAAAAAUACUUAUUUUCAG